GUACAGAUAGGAACGGUCGUAGAAUCGUGAUUCGUUUUGAAGAAGGCGGGAGCGAAGUGCGCUAUCCAGAUAUCAGCCGCGCCCCCUCCGCGACGCACCGCCACCCAGAAUACUUCGGAGCGCGGAACCUCUACGCCGAAGGAACAUAUGUAUUAAACAUAAAACCCGGAGGAGAAAAAACAUUAACAGUUGUUUCCAAUUCUUUCAUUCGUUUUUGUUUUUUCGCGAGGCUCAAUUUUUCAAUAGUUCGGUCAAAAAUUAAUAAGAGUGAGGAAAAGGUAGUCGAGAAGGGAGCCAGGAGGCGAAGACAACAGUCGUGGCGCGUUAGGUUGGCGAGCUUGGCCCAACAGACGAUCGUCGAUCCUCCUCGCUUUCAUUCGUUCGAGCACUCGGGGCCGAUUCUCGUUCGAGUUCUUCGUCGGCCAUUGUUUUCAACUGGACAACAGGAAAAGUGAACUUUCGUCGAGCCGUUUCCGAAAAAUGGUGUCACCCGCAUCGGCCCGAUAUCUCGCAGUGUUUUAGUCGUCGACACCGCCAACGAAAAUGUCCUCGUUGCAAUUCGUCGUCCAUCCCAUCCCUGGGACGGAGGAUCAGCUUAACGAUAGGCUGAAAGAAGUAGCAGAUCGUUUGAACAGAUUCGGACCUGUAGCGCCUCCGCAAGCUCUUGCUGUUUUAAAAUCUGGAGUGAAGACGAUAGCUAUUGGCCCCAAUCACUUUGCUCUCCUUUUGGAAGAUGGCAAAGUUUGUAGGGUGGCUUUUUCAAUUAUAUCUGAUAGACUAGAUCUCUCUAGAAAUGACAAUAAAAACUCUAAAGGAGGAGGGGGUGGAGGAGGUAGCCGCCAGGCUACAAGAACACGUGGGCGAGUCGUGCGUUCAUCAGCAUCCAACAUAAGAAGGGGCCGUGGCGCACCAACAAGUGGUGGAGUAAUCAUGGGCGUGAACAGCUCUGGAAAUGGCCGAUCGGUAAUAACAGCUCCGUUCGUUCCAGACGAGUUGAUCUCCCAAGCCCAAGUGGUUUUACAAGGAAAAAGUAGAAAUCUUAUUAUCAGAGAAUUACAGAGAACCAAUUUAGAUGUCAACUUAGCUGUCAACAACCUUCUUUCAAGGGAUGAUGAGGAAGGAGAAGAAGUUGAAGAUGGGACAGACUCGUAUGUUCCAGAGGAUCUUAUAUCAUUGCUGGAUGGAGGAUUCCACCCAGACCAUUCAGUCAUAAUAGAUGCAGACGCGAUGUUCUCAGAAGAUAUGUUUGGGUAUUCAUCCGUGCGAAUAAGGAGCGCUGCUGGCAAUUUAAGAAGAGGAGGCGGCAGCAACAGCGACCGUGACAGGAGCAAUAAUGAGAGCACAAGCGGAGGUGAAAGGAGCAGCGAAAGGGAUCGAGAAAGGAGAGAUGGAAGUGAGAGAGACCAGUUUUCAAGGUGGAGAGACAGACAAUAUUUCGGCCCGAGGAGGUGGCUUGAAACUGCUUUAAGGGACAACUGGGACAAAGAAGGUGAAAACAAGAAAAAAGACAUCGGCGGUGGCAACCCCUUGUGGAUGUCCGACGAUGUCGAAUUCUGGCCUGAAAAAGAAGGCGCUCCUGCCGUUCGGUUUUCAAACAUUGCGGCUCUACAUAGUGAGCUCAUAGCUGUUUCCACGACUGGUCAACUUCACCAAUGGAAAUGGUGUGAAACGGAACCUUAUAAACACACAGAUGCUGGAAUUUUUCAUCCGAAAACCGCAGUUCUCGGUUUAACGAAUGAAAGAAUUUCACAUAUUUCUGCCUGCUCCAUCAGGUGUACUGUGGCAACCGAGUCGGGAAAGGUUGCGACUUGGAUGGACGAGCAGUUAUCCUUUGCGGCAGCUAAAUUGGAGCAUCCAGCCACGACAUUUACUGAAUUUACAAUCGAUCGUAUCUCAGCAUUGUACACUUGUACUUUGUACACACUCGCCAAACUUGAAAGUGGAGCUUUAUAUUGGUGGGGUGUAUUGCCUUUUUCUCAAAGGAAAAAACAAUGGGAGAAACAUAGGGCAAAGUCGACAAAAGUGAGACCAUCGUCCACUACAGCAGAAAUCACUGCUGGUACUCAGGUUUGCAUGAAGAGCAGUCCCAUGUACCAGCCGGGUGCUAUAGGUUUCAUCGUUUCUGGAGGAGUGCCAAAGGUUGGACAACUGCAAAAUUCUGCUUGGAAUUUGACAGAUGUCUGUCGUUUCAAAUUGAUUUCACCAAAUUCCAACAAUUUGGUGGGAGAGGGAAAAUGUAGGUCGGAAUCGACUCCGAACACCAAUAAGUGUUUGAAGACUAACACUUCAACUCAACCGAAAUCGUCCAGCCAGAAAGAGACAGCAGACAGAAUUGACAUGCCUCCACCUCCUAGCCCUGCAUCUUCGACCUGCAGCGAUACGGGAUCAGCGACUCUCAAGCGUGCCAAAAGAGUCACAGUGAAAGAAGAGGAGAAAAAGGACGAGAUCAUGUGGCUACUGAGGGAUGUUGUGUUUGUCGACGAUGUCAAGGGUCUUCCUAUCGGGCAAGUUUUAAAAGUUGAUGGGUUCUAUGCAGCAGUGAAGUUUCAAUCUGGAAACAAAGAACAGGGAAAAGACACCAAAGAAAAUCUUCCGACUGAUGAUCUCCUACAAGACUGUAGACUUCUUAGAAAGGAUGAUUUACAGAUCGUAAAACCCAAUACAACAUCCAGGGCUCCUGAUUUUAUACAAAAAACACCAAAAAGGAUCAACAUUGGGGAAAAUGUUGGUCAGAUUUUAGCAGUCGCAGUCGAUGGGUUAGGUCUGCACACAAUUGUUAAAAAUACUACCAGGAUUUGCUACAUCCUGUUUAAUCUGACUACCGGCCGUAUUGAACAGGAAUGCCCUUUCCCGACGGACAUGGAUUCUUUCUUGGGUUUGGAACCCAAUAACAUCAGCCUGACGUCGACGGGAGAAAUGUCAGACGCUGUCCUUCUCUUGAGGGACGGCAAUUCGACACUCUGCCCCCUUGCGAAAGAUUCAGUCGACUCGAUUAGAGAUAGCCAGUGGCUGGAUCUGCCACCAUUGAAAUGUAUCGCUGCAGCACCUCAUGCCCUACCGCUCCGUGCGUCGUCUGCCUCCUUGUUUAAGACCCAAGCAGCGGUUAUCGUACUGGCAAUGCAACAUCAAGCUCUAAUGCCUUCAAUUUUGAGAUGCGACAUCGACACUGUUAAACACAUCCUGCUGAGCCUGGAACACGACUCGAGAGGGGAUGAAACCCUUCAGGCAAUCCUUGCUGAAAGAUGCGACGGAAAUAGAAACAUAUUCCAUGCGUGCGUUUCUAUGUGUACGCCGACAACUAAUAAAGACUCAGAGACAGAUCCACCUGCAACUGUUACAAGCGGAACAGCAACAGAUACAAGUAAUGUCAUUUCGUGGACGCGUUCGUCUGUCAGUUUUAGAGAAAUGAUGAGACGGUCGUCUGCCUCAGUGACAAGCACAAGUAAGUGCGGAGAAGCGAAUGAAAGCAGUGGUCCACAAGAUGAGAAUGUAUCAGCGUUAGGUUGGCCUCCUGAUCCAUUCACUGAGCACGCGUCUGGUGACGAGGACAGCCUCCUUGUCGGAGGCCCUGGAAACACCGUCCCUCAGCCGCUUAAACCACCGAUCCCACAACUCCCGGAUCCAGGGGAAAGACGAGCCAACGCCCUUCAGGCCCUGAGGCUUCUCUGCGAAUCCCCAGCUUUGCAGAUUCACCUGCCUAGUUUACUUAUGGCCAAGGACAGCCAAGGUCAGACGCCGUUCAUGUUAGCGGUCACUUGCAGAGCUUAUCACGCCGGACAAGUUCUUUUUGAUACAAUCAUUUCAUUGGUGUCAGACGGGCCCAAUGUUAUACCUCCUUCUCCGCCUCCCCCACCACCUCCACCUCCACCACCGCCACCACCUCCACCAACUAAUGCUUCUACAGAAGAGAGGCUCAAGAGUGUCUUGUCCGCUUGGUUCUCGAAAUCCAACACUUCCGAAUCUAAAAUGAGUAUCGAUUUAGCUACAGAAGUCACGGAUAAAGAUGGCCUCGAGGCGAUGGUGUUCCCGAGAGGUUCGAACCCUGAUCUCUCACCCCUUCAUAUCAUCUGCUGCAACGACACUUGCAGUUUCACUUGGACGGGUGCUGAGCAUAUCAAUCAAGAUAUAUUUGAGUGCAGGACUUGUGGACUCACAGGUUCCUUGUGCUGCUGCACUGAAUGCGCUCGCGUCUGCCAUCGCGGUCAUGACUGCAAACUUAAAAAGACAUCACCGACGGCAUACUGCGACUGUUGGGAGAAGUGUAAGUGCAAGGCAUUGGUACAAGGAAAUCAAAAUGCGAGGUACAAUCUCCUGACUAACUUAAUAACACACACUGAUUUGGUCACCAAGCACAACUCAAGGGGGGAGAGUAUUUUACUAUUUUUAGUACAGACAGUAGGACGUCAAAUGGUAGAGCAAAGACAAUACAGAGCUCCAAGAUCUAGGUCAACUUCCGCUGCAUCUAGAAAGACCACAACAUCAGAAUUAGUUACAAAUGAAUUGGAUAUGCCGGAACAUGAUUUAGAACCGCCGAGGUUUAGCAGGAGGGCGUUUGAAAGGCUUUUGAACGACUGGCCUGCUGUGAAAGGAAUGAUUAUGACGGGGGCUAAAUCAGAGAAGGACUGGAAGCAGCCUCUUUACGAGGAACAGGCUUAUCUCAAUGCCCAAAAUGGAAGUGCUCUUUUAGACAAAUUCACCCACUGCCUUCUCGUCAAAUGUGGGGCUGAGAUGACCGAUAUAAUAGUUGCGACGUUAUCGAGGGAACUGCAAAAUUCGUGCGUCCCAGGAAGAAUUGAAGAAGCGACUCUAGUUGCCAGAAGAUUUGUCAGAUCUGUUGCGAGAAUAUUUGUUAUAUUCAGUGCUGAAAUGGCACCAAAUGCGAACAAAAGGCGAUCAAUGAGUGCAGUUACUGCACCUCUAGUAAAAUGUAAACGAGUUUUCCAUUCUUUAUUAAAAAUAUCAGUUGAAGAAUUGUGUGAAACGGCCGACAGCUUGAUCGCCCCAGUUCGCCUCGGCGUUUCUCGUCCCACGCCACCUUUUAUGCUGUCCACAUCAACGGUCGAAGUUAUAAAUGGCUCAGAAGAAUUAUUUUCUAUUGAACCGCUUGCACCUCCGUCGACAACCAGCACAGGAAGUGGAAGAAGAGGGCAGAAGGCAAACAGAAACAAUGAAGAAAGCCAGGGCACCAGUAAUGCCAGCAAUCGCACGAGACUGGUCAGUCUUAUGGAAAUUGAAGAAGAAAUGGUCGAAAGUCUGGUAGCUAUGGCUAACGAAGGCGAGAACAGCGAAGGUGAAGGUGAAAGGGAAGUCGAAAGGGAAGGAGCGGAACGAGAGGUUGAAAGGGAAGGAGCUGAGAGUGAAAGCGAGGACUUGCUCGUAGAAACGGAAAGCGACAGUGAUCAGAGCAAUCAAGAAACUGUUCAACACGUUCCAUCGAACACCCCUCCUGCUCCUGGCGAAGACGAAAGUGGUGAUUCUAGUCAACAAGAGGAGACGGAUGGGGAAAGCGAGAGUUUAGAUCACGAGGAACUAGUUUUGGCUGAUGAACAGUUAGAGAGAAGAACAAGUGGCAGUGGCCAAGGACAAAGGAACAAUCUUGCACCGCAGUCUAUGCAGUGGGCAAUUAGGAGUAGAGACACCAACACAAGAUCCUCAGGAAGUUUCCGUGUAGCUUCAGGAAAUUCGCUAGUGUUUAUUGAUUCAGCGUCGUUGAGGCGAUCCGUGACCAGCAACUCUGGGACGGGAGGCGCCAGCCCAAACCAGGAUGGCGUGACAAUGACUACGACCGCUGCUUGCCUUGCAAGGAGCUUUGCAAUCGUGCUGAGGCAGAUAGCCGACCUCCUGGGAAGCCUUCACGUCUCAGCGCCUCAACAACAGCCCAUUCCGAUCACGUAUCAAGGCUCAAUUCAGCUUCAGAAUUACGUGGAAAAACAACUUAAGCCUACAUGGGAUUGGCUGUUGACGGUUAUGGAUUCUACAGAGUCACAGUUGAGGUUUGGUGCUUCACUUACGUCGACUACGGAUCCAAAUCAUCCACAUCAUCCAUUACACCACAGCAGCAGUGGUGGAGGUCCAAGUACAUCAGGGAAUAGUUCCGGAUCUUCCGGAACCGCAAAUACGUCCAGAUCGACCACCCAGUCGUCACAUAGGCCGAGCCAAAGCUCGACCGGUCCAACAAGGAUAAUUGGAUUUGCAACAAGCACUGAUACUUCCAGACCUGCUCGGGACCGUGAUGGAGUUGAUGCACAUUCUGCGAGGAGGGAGUUGCUCAUGUACUGCCUUUCCCUGAUGAGAUGUCACAACUCUGAACAUGCCGAUUCUCUUCCUGUAUUAGACGUUUCAUCAUUGCGUCAUAUCGCAUACGUCUUUGACGCUUUGAUCUAUCUUCUUAGAGCUGGAACAGAUCAGAAUCCAGUCAUCGAGGAAACACUACUCCCUCAGACUUGGACCCAACCGGAUGAGAAUGAAAACGAAGAAACAGAAGAGGAUCUAACUCCUCCACCUGUCGCUAUGGAGACUGAUGUUGAAGAAGUCGAACCCUUGGGUACAAGCGGGAAAGGAAGAAGGCAUCCGUUUUUCCAGAGGUCUGAUUCAACGCUUUGGCUCGGCUGCAGUCCGCCAGAUCCGUUUGAACUGCCGAUGCAGCGAGCUUUACCUCUUGCCGACCAGCCGCACCUUCUUCAACCCAACGCUACUAAAGACCAACUAUUUGGCAUUCCAAAACAGCAGAUAGACAUGCAGCAACAAACAGCCUCAGCAGAAGUUGCUUCAUCCACUAAUCAGUUGAGAGUGCUUCCUACAAGAUUAGGCCUUUCUUUAAGGUCUGGAGCAUCUUUAACGGUAAAACCAGCAGGAAAAGACACGCUUGCAGAUCAAGAAAUAAAACAGGAUGCACCAGCGGGCUGCGUUCACGUACCAACUAUAGUCAGUAAAGAUGAAACCGCGGCAGAAACUCCAUCGGAAGAGGUGCAGGAAUCAUCAAGGCCACUUGUAAUAGUGAGAGCAGGUCGAGCAGAAACGGAAGAGGAGAACAAACAGUCGACGGCUAUGCCCAACACUCCAAUGGACAUAAGCGAACCGGGGCCGUCUGGCGUUCAGAAACAACCGCCACACAAGCCCUGGGUCUCGGCCGACAUCCUCCUCGGUAGAUGGAGGAUGGCGCUGGACCUUUUCGGAAGAGUCUUUAUGGAAGAUGUCGGCCUCGAGCCCGGCUCGGUUGUGAGCGAGCUUGGAGGAUUUCCAGUCAAGGAAGCCAAAUUCAGACGCGAUAUGGAAAGACUUAGAAACCAACAAAACAGAGAUCUCACUCUGUCAAAGGUCGAACGUGACAGGACGCAGCUUUUAUUCCAAACUUUGAAGGAAUUAAAUACUGUUUAUAACUCACAACAACGUAGGGCUGCUUCACAGCCUCCUUUGGCAGUGAAUAGAGUGAAAGUGACUUUUAAAGAAGAACCCGGUGAAGGAUCAGGUGUUGCUAGAAGCUUUUACACAGCAAUAGCUGAGGCCCUUUUAGCAAAUGAGAAACUACCGAAUUUGGAAUCGGCCCAAAUUGGCUCUCGGUCUCAGUAUAAUGUCCUUUCAAGAUUGAGACCCCGUGACAGAGAAAACACCAGGAGGCUGACAGGGCAGUUUUUGAAAACCAAGACGAGGGCGUCCACUUCAGGGAGGUGUCGUAGCCCCAGACGAACACUGUCUUUCGAUGCCAGGUCUUUCACACCGGCAGCCCAAUCUAGUAGAAACCUUUCCACGACCGGAGACACUUCUGGUACAAGUAGCUCAACAUCUGCAAGCACGGCACAAGAAAAUACGAGCAAUUCAGCUACCCAGCUUAAUGAACAUCUGUCUUACCAUCAAAUAACACUUGGAGAAAGGCUUUACCCAAAGGUUCAUAGUUUGCGACCUUCAUUUGCUUCAAAAAUAACAGGCAUGCUUUUGGAAUUGUCGCCAGCACAGCUUCUCAUGCUUCUUGCUUCAGAAGAUGCGUUGAGAGCAAAGAUCGAAGAAGCGAUGCAGAUAAUUUUGGCCCACGGCCACCAAAUCGGCAACCACACUCUGCUAGAAAUGGAUUUGUUAUCAACAUCAAAAAUUAAUAGCUCUAAUAGUGGUACAACUCCAACAGGAAGUGCUGCACCCACUCCAGCCCCUUGCGACCCCAGCGGCGAAGGAGGCGAAGAGACUGUGAUAGAAGACAAUGCACCACUUUUCUACACACCGGGAAAACGAGGCUUCUACAGCCCGAGGCAGGGCAGAGCUUCGUUUGAAAGGCUCAACGCCUUCAGAAAUACGGGAAGACUGAUGGGUCUCUGUCUCCAGCAAAACGAACUUCUUCCGCUUCUUCUCAACCGGCACGUCCUUAAAUUUAUACUCGGGAGACAGAUUAGAUUCCACGACUUGGCUUUCUUCGACCCCGUCAUGUAUGAAUCGCUCCGCCAGCUUGUCAUAGAUGCUGAGACGAAGUCUGGCAAUUCUUUAUUCUCGGCCCUGGAUCUUACUUUUAGCAUUGAACUUAGCCCGGAAGAAGGGGGAGGCAGUAUGGAAUUAAUCCCAGGUGGUCGUGAUAUUGAAGUCACAGCUGCUAAUGUUUAUGAUUAUGUUAGAAAGUAUGCUGAAUAUAGAAUGUAUAAAUCGCAACAAAAAGCAUUAGAGGCAAUUCGCCAAGGAGUUUUCGACGUUAUUCCAGCCGGUUCGCUUGACGGGCUUACAGCUGAAGACCUUCGGCUUUUGUUGAAUGGAGUCGGAGACAUCAAUGUAUCGGUUCUGAUAUCUUACACUUCGUUCAACGACGAAUCCGGCGAGUGCUCUGACAGGCUUCUCAAAUUUAAACGUUGGCUGUGGGCCAUUGUUGAAAAAAUGACUCAUUUGGAACGAAUGGAUCUGGUUUAUUUUUGGACUGGCUCACCUGCCCUCCCGGCUUCUGAAGAUGGCUUCCAACCGAUGCCUUCGGUUACGAUAAGACCAGCGGAUGACACCCAUCUCCCCACGGCCAAUACAUGCAUAUCAAGAUUGUAUAUACCAAUAUAUUCCAGUAGAGCAGUUCUCAGGCACAAAUUACUCCUAGCUAUUAAAACGAAGAACUUCGGCUUUGUAUAAAGUAUAAGGCGUUUAUUGCGUUUGUGUCAAUCGUUACUAUGAAUGGAUAGGAACAUUUUUACUGUUAUCAAUAAUUAGAGGGCUGAAACGGAAGAGGAGAAAGUAUAUAUAAAGAGGAGGAAUUGAAAGUUCAAUUUAUAAUUAAUUUAUUUUUGAAUUCUACAGUUAUAUUAUUAUCAAUUUUUGUUUUGAAUAAAAAUUGUCUUUUUAUGAAUUGGAAAAUAGGUAUUGUUUUUAAUAAAAUGUGUUAAUUCAACUAUCAACAAGCUGUGUGUGAGCAUACGUUUGUACGUUGAAAUAGUGUUCCAAGUAUUUAUUGUUUUGUAAUUGUUCAGCAAUUGAAAUUUAAACAGUGAACUUUAUUGCUUUUAUAUAUA